AUAUUACUUUUUAAUUCCAAGGGAGAAUAUGUUACAACAGUUCACAAUGGUGACUUGCUGAAGCACCCACGGGGAAUAUCGCUAGAUCCGCAGGGGAAUAUUUUUGUCUGCGACACGGGAAAUAAAUGUGUUCGUUUUCUUUCUCCCAAUGGAAGCAUUUUAAAGACAAUCGGAAAGGGUGGGUUACAGUUCCCAUUUGACUGUUUGUCGCACAAUGGGAAAGUUUAUGUCUCGGAUCGUGAUUCCCUGCUUAUUAAGGUAUUCAGUGAAAACAAUGGGAGCAUUUUGCAUGAGUUUGGUGUUCAAUCAUUGGAGCCAUUAGGACUAGCAAUGGAUAAAACAGGCCACUUCUUGGUGUCUGGAAUUCUGUCAAAUUACCACAGGGUUUAUGUUUUUAUUAUGGAUGGCAGGCAUGUCACUAAAUUUGGGGGAUCAUUUGGUGGGGAGUUGGGACAAUUGAACACACCUACUUCUGUUUCGGUUUUAACAAAUGGUCGUAUUGUUGUUUGCGACAGUCUAAAUUCCCGUCUUCAAGUUUUUGCUUAGUUCAAUGCUGUUGAGUGCAAAUCUGACUCUUGCCUAGUCAAGAUUUCUGAACAGUUUUUACGGAACAUUUUGUAUAAUAUUUUUGAAUGAAAUUCUCAACGUGACAUUGCUUCAGUAUGCAGUCAAAUAUCUCCAGGACGGACACUGUCUUUGGAACAGGCACUAAGAGUCAAAUAGUCAAAUAAAGGGAGUAAAGUAAGGCAGGGACCAACUCUAGGUGUCUAUUUUACCAAUGUGUCCGUCUUAUGGAGGUGUUCGUUUUAGAGAGAGUCGACUGUACAUCAAACAUAUUGAAUCUUGAUCAAAAUUAUCUAAUGCGCAACACAAUAACAUAUUUUUCUGCGCAUGUUCUGGUACUGUGCGGACGUGUGUUAUUGAGCUCCGCACUAAUAGUGAAAUUUUGUGUGAAAUUCUGAUAAUGACUCGAAAGUCAAAUUCAAAUCCCAGUGCCAAAUCCCUUCAAGAAGAAAACGAAGCUUUGAAGAAAGAAAUAGAAAGUCUGAAGAGUGAAUUUAAACGUAUUCCAGUUAAUCUAAGCUAUGUAAAAAAGUAACUUUUUCUCCGUGCCAUACCUUUUGUACAACUUAAUAUAUUUAUAUAAGCUUAAAUAACUUUUGUGGACCUAGGCCUGUUAAUUUAAUAUAAUACCAUGAGUGCGCAUUUUGUUUUAAAGAGACACUACCCACCUAGACUAGCCUUUGCUAUUUGUGGGCUAUUUGAAGAGUAGGAAUACGUGUAGUUAACUCUUGUUUACGUUUCUUCAGACGUUAUUUAUAUGUCAACUUGCGCUUUCUAACAUUGGAAUCCCUGGCUGGGAGUGCUUCUAAAAUCCUGUUAACUCGCACGGUACUGGCGUGCUGAAUGGAAGUGUUGUAGACCGCUCUUAAGUGAGUUUUUAUCUUAAGUAUAUUUGCACGUACAAGCCGCCUCAAAUGGCUUUGCUAGCCGUCAACAGUGCUUAUUUGUAUUUAAGCAAUAGAGACGGUUAUGCAAACCCUCGACUUCGUCUCGGGUUUGCAUAACUGUCUCGAAUUCUCCCAACCCCUCUCGUGUUUAUAUCAGGCUAUGCAAACACAGGAAAAAAGUUUUCUAUUGCUUUUAUAAAAUACCUUUCCCGAGAAAAAAACGCAAAACUCUUUGUAUGGUACUGGUUAGAAGAGAAAUUCUUACCGGUCGCAAAAUCUUGUCCACGAAGUCUUGCACGCGUAAUCAGUUCUUGUUUUGCCAAAAGAUGCUUUGUAAAAUACGGACUUUUCUCGCUUAAAAUGUCAGCUUAAGCGAAGAAAAAUUGACUCACCUUCUUUGCAACAAUUUUCCCUCUUUCAGCCGACGAAGUAAUGGGUUAAUAAAGUAAACUUGUCGAGUUUUGAACUCGAAAACUUUUUCAAAUUCGUGCUUGCGUGAUUAGCGCGCGAAAAGCCAAACAACUUGACGCCUCAACCAUGUUUACAUACUCUCAUGUAAACACUCCUCUCAGCCAAUCAGAGCGCGCGUACUAUCUUAGUUAUUUUACAAAAAAAAAUUGCAAUUACCAAUAUAUAUUGUUGUCGUUGUUGUUGUUUCGUUGUCGUUACCUGCGCUCCGCGGGGAUUUUCUGUCGCACCAUCUGCCCCACUUCUUAUGAGCACCUGCAACACAGGCUACUAAAAAUUCUGGCCCCAGUUGUUCAAACGUUGGAUAGCGCUAUCCAGCGGAUUAGUAUUAGGGAAAGUAAUUGUACUAUCCACUGGAUAGAGAUUUAUCGGGUGGAUAGUGCUAUCCAGCCUUUGAACAACCAAGGCCUGGUUAAGGAUUGGUAACAAUUUUUCAGUAAAUUCUAAUUCAAUCCGAAAUAAGAUCAACAGAGUGCACUUUAAGUGUUCAAACCUUACCUCUGAGACUCACCGGUCUCGGUUGGUUGUUGAUAAUAUAUAUUAUGAACGUUACUUAAAUUUUACAAGAACUGAGAAGAACAUUACGUGGUCAUACGGACAGCAUAACCAAAUGUGAGUCUUCUGACAGUCUGAGUAUGUAUGAACGAUUUUGAAGGAUGGAUUUGUAUACUGGAAAACUGUACGAUGCUCGUAUCCACCAAACGUUUCCAUGUGGGCUCUUUGAAUUUUUUCUUAAUUUAAAACAUCAUAUCUGCUUACCUUCAAACGUCAUUGUUAUAGCAGCAAGCCUUUUCCGAGGAGUUGACGGUACCUGCGAGGUAACUGCGAAGUCUUUGAUGUAAAUCGGAACAAUUAACUCAAAUUCUUAGUUGUCAAUGAUUUAGAUGAAAUUCAUUUCCAUUUUAAAGGUGCCUGACCUUAUUUUCAAAGUGAAGUUUUUUGGGAAACUCAAUCGGGAAUGACUUAAUUGACAAGCCUCAGAAAACAACCGACAUUUCGUACCACGCCACAACUGGUUUCCCCACGAAAUGACGUCUGAGGAACGAGGGCAGAAAUUUCAAUCUGGUGACGUGAUACUACCCAGACCUUGGUGGUGCUUCUGAUUGGUUUAUGCAAAUCUCCUUCGCUGCAUGACCAAUUAGAAGCACUACCCAGAUUUUUGUAUUGGCACGUCAUUAGUAUGGAAUAUCUGCGCUCUUUCCUCAGACGUCAUUUUGCCGGGAAACCAGUAGUGGCGUCGUGAAAAGUCGCCCGUUUUUUAGGCUACUAUUUGACUAGUUCGUCAUGUUCUUUCCAAAUCUGCGGCUAUUCUUUUCGUUAAAGUUCGAAUUCUAAGGGCAAAUUGGUGACUUUUGGAAACUUUCUAUUUCCUCCAAACAUUAUAAGAAAUAUUAAUGUUAACAUUUAAAAGAAUGUAUACGUAGAGGAAAUAUGGCAGACAAAAGCGCACAAUUAUGACCGCUGCAUAAAGAUUAGACGAGCUCCGUGAGAUGGCGAAAAAAUCGCCAUGAAAUUGCUUCUAGUUUUUACAGGCGAUUUGAAAGAGUGCCUAAAAUCUUAAAAUCUCAGCUCUUGUCGCGUGACAACUAAAAAUCACUUGACGUGUAAACACGUGCCCUAAAAGAGUCUAGGUUGCGGCAUAAGAUAAAUUUAACUUCGAAUCGGCAAAAAAAAUUUUUUAAGCUUGAUAGUCGUCUUUUGACAAAACUUCCUUAGAGUUACUCCCGUAUAUAUAAGCUGUAUAGGCAAAUCCUUGUUUACAUAGUUUUUUGCCUUAUUAACAUACGCUUAUCAUCAUCUCAGUGAUUACGCUAAUGAAAUAAAAUCUCUGAAUAAUUAUUAAAAGCACAUAAAAAUUUUAGUUAUCUCUGAAAAUUUUGGCCCGAUAUACUGAAUAGUUUCGAAGAUUCACUUUGGAAAACCCCAAACUUCACGGCAAACGUUUUUGUCACACCCAGCAAUUUCGCAUUUUUGAUUGCUGCUAUUUCUUUUGUUAUUGAUCGUAAAGAGCUGAAAGUUGCGCAAACUGCUCAAAUUUACCAGCUCUUUCAAACCAAACUUGUAGUAUACGGCGUCGUCUUUGAUGGGUUAACUCAUAUACUAAUGAACAAAAAUGUUAAUGACUUCAGCAAGGUUUCGCCAAAAGACCAAAGGAUGUGGGUUUUUUUUGCCGCGCCAAAGGGUUUCGUUUUUCAUCUCUUUGGUGUAAUGCCCCACUCGCAACAAAGCUCUAACAUGUUUGAAAGCUCUUAAUAAGUUUAACACGGUUAAAAUGUGUUUCCAUUCAAAGAAGCUGCCCUAUGAUUUUUGUCAACUAAGAAUUUGGACAAAUAAAAUCAUAAGUCAAAGCUAUUCCCUUAGCUUUCUUGCAUUAAUUUUUAUUUCAGUAAGCCCGAACGUCAUUUCAUCAGUAGCUGGAAUAUGAUCUUCCGGGUGAGGGUAGUCCUGAAUAGGACUGUUGAUGUUGACAGUGACUAAUGUUCUGACAAACUGUGGGGUAGUCAUCUUCACGGUCAAAGUGACUGGUAUCACUUCAGUGAUACAAAGUUGGGAUUCACGUCGGUGAUACAACUCACUUUGUUCGGUCAAGAUGGCUGAAUGUUAGCCACUGAAGAUCUUUUUGUCCCGCCAUCCCAGUUCACUGAACAGCAAGGACUUGUUAUUUUUAAUAGGAUUUUUAUUUAUUUCAUGUCUCGCUAAAAAAGUUUUAAGUCAUAAGUUUCCUUAAGGAGAGACUUGACCAGUCGCUAAUGCCCCUAUAAUAAAUUGUUCUUUUACACCAAUCAAUUUUAGGGUUACGGAAUUUCGGCAAAUAACUGUUCCUUGUGUUAUUUCCAUGCAUGAUCUCUUAAAGUUAUUUUAUGUCACCAGAUGCUCUCACUGACAUUUUCCCAUCUACAGCAGGUUUGGACAGCAGAGCAGCAGUGAGCAAAACGUCGUCCAGCCAGGAGGAUCCAUUUGAGGGGACUGACUGCUUCAGACGAUGACAACAUAUAACCUGCUAGAAUCCUUUGAGUUGACCAGAAUAUAUUGGACUAUAGAUAAAAUUUGCGUUUCUCGCAGUUUAAGUUUCAAAAAGCAAAAUGUAUUGCGUAGAGUCACUGGGUAAGAAAAACACUUACGAUAUCAAACACUUCCGUGUAAUCGCGUGACUUUUACGCACUGAAAGCGACCAAUCAAAGAGGACACGCGCUUCACUGGCCAGUCGCAACGGAGCGGUGUCAUCCUACUAGAAAAUUAGUAACAAUAUUCUUCAAUAUAAUCUGCCGCAUCACUUGGAUUCCUUGUACCGUUUGUUUACAAGAUGGAUACGCCAAACCUCGGCCUUCCAAAGCGUGAAGAAAUAACCUGCCCACAGUGUAAUAACAUAUACACCAAUCCCAAACAAUUGCCCUGCUUACAUGUUCUCUGCCUUGAAUGCCUCAACGACUUGGCAACGACGAGCGCACAAACUGACAAGUUCAAAUGCCCAAUCUGCCAGAUCGAAGUGCAUGUUCUAGACUCAGGCUCGAUGGAAAAUCUGCCAAAUUGCCUCCAUGUAAAGAAUUUGCUCGAUAUUUUGGCCAUCAAAGAACAUCACGCUUCGAGUGUGACUUGUGUAAACUGUGAUCAGACAAUCGAAGAAGCAUCUUAUUGUUUCCAUUGUGACAGGUUCUGGUGUCAAGCUUGUUUGAAUGCACACAACGUUUUGAAGGAGAACAAACUGCAUCGUGUUUUGGCUCUCAAAGAUAUUAGAGACUUUGAAGAUGUCCUCAAAGGUUCAGUCACCCCUGUGACCGGCCCAUCGUCUGAGCAAAAAGAUCAUAGUAGUGAAGACAUGACUGCCAUAAUAAAUGACAUUUCCCGUAGGCUUGAUGCUGCAAGAGAACCAUCAAGAAAAAUCACCAGUUGCAUUCACGUUCUGGAGGAGAACACCCGUCUACUGGAUUACCGUUCUAGGACCAACAAGGAAGACAUACAACGAACAGUCAAUUCUCUUAUCUUGACAGUUCAACAGAAAAAGCAAGAAUUGGUGGCUGAAGUAGAAAACCAGACCAUGAAAGCGAAAGAAAAACUCGAAAAAUCCAAAGGCGAAUUACUGGAGCAAUUAAAACAGAGGGAGCAAUUUGUCUCACAGAUUGAGGCUCUUAUCCAACGCAGCACGAUUGCUGGAUUACUACCGAGUACCGAACUAAUCAUAGAUGAGCUAUUUGAAGGACUCCAAGAGCUAGAAGACCCGGAUAUGUUAUCCACCACUGAAUGGAAAAGUCUCACUAUGUUUGCUAAAAACAACGAAAUCUUUCAAUCCCUCCAAAGUUUCGGAAUCGGCGAUCUUGCUACCAAGGAAACUACAACAGAGGCAAACCAGUGCUCGGUAAAAUGGUUUCAGACUGCUACAGCCGGGCUGGAGGCAGAAAUCGAAGUGAUCACUAGGAAUUCCGAGGGAAAACAGUGCUACUGCCCAGGAGAUUAUAUAAAUUUUCAGCUAAUCUCAACACAAGAUCGUGACACUGUAACUGAAACGAAAAUCACUGACUAUACUGAUGGCAGCUACAAGAUUUCUUUCAUUCCAAUUGAGGGUGGACAUCAUUUACCGACUAUACAAGUUAAUGGAGAAACAGUUAGUGGUUUUCCACCCCUUCUCAUUAAAGAACGGUCGUUCUUGCCUGUCAGAGCCAUUGCAGACGGAAUUAUGGAGACCCAAAGCCUUGCGGGUCAGGCGUCGAGACCUCGCUCCAGAGUUAUGGAGGAGGAUACUUUAAAGCAACCUUGGGGAGUGACUGUUACUGAGAAAAGUGAAAUCUUUGUAACUGACUUGCAAAGUAAUCGAAUUGUAAUUUUUAAUGAAGCAGGAAAAUUUAUCAGGUCCUUUGGGCACAAACUGGCUAAAAAUCCAACUGGAAUAUGCAUAAAUAGUAAAGGUAUGAUUUUCGUAGCAAACAGAGGAAACGACAAAAUUUUACUUUUUAAUGCCAAGGGGGAAUAUGUUACGGCAGUUCACAAUGGUGGUUUGCUGAAGCAGCCACGGGGAAUAUCGCUUGAUUCGCAAGAGAAUCUUCUGGUCUGCGACACAGGAAAUAAAUGCGUUCGCUUUUUUUCUCCCAAUGGAAGCAUUUUAAAGACAAUCGGAAAGGGUGGGUUACAGUUCCCAUUUGACUGUUUGUGUCAUAAUAACAAAGUGUUUGUCUCGGAUCGUGGUGCCCAACUUGUUAAGGUAUUCAGUCAAAGCAAUGGGAGAAUUUUGUAUGAGUUUGGCGGUAAAUCGUUAGGGGAACCCUUAGGACUAGCAAUGGAUAAAACAGGCCACCUUUUGGUGUCUGGAAUUCUGUCAAAUUCCCAUAGGGUUUAUGUUUUUACUUUGGAUGGGAAGUUUGUCACAAAAUAUGGAGGAUCCUUUGGUGGGGGGUUGGGACAAUUGAACACACCUACUUCUGUUUCGGUUUUAACAAACGGUCGUAUUGUUGUUUGCGACUGUAGAAAUUCUCGUCUUCAAGUUUUUGCUUAG